AGGAGUGUGAGACCCUGUCAGCCAGCUCAGAGGUCAGCAGUGGACCGCCGUUGUUCGAGGAGGUGGAGGAUCCUGUAAAGCAUGUGGAUCGCGCAAGCCUUCAAGGCAUGACACAAGCCUUUGCUUUGGCCUCGCUUAGCGUAGACGGUUUUCCUGUUGCACUGAAGAGCAAGGGGCUCGAGGAGUUGUUUGGGCCCUCGCGCCAGGUCAAGAUGGGGAGUGAUGCUCGGGAAGUCCUUCGGCCGAGUGCCAGCAAUACCCGAGCGUUAGAAGUCUGGCAGGACUUCUCUGCAGCGAUGCAGAGGGGCGACUUCUUCUGCCAUCAGAAGGGCAGCGGCUUAGCCUUGCUCCAUGGACAGGAGUUUCCACUUCCUGCAGGUGAAUUUGCCUUUGUGCAGCCCUUUCAUGGUCGAUUUGGCAAUUCCUUGGAUUGUCUGGUGUACCUGAAGCAAGUGGAGCUGGAUGAUUGCCCCUUCCUUUUGGCACUGCAUUGCUUCUUGCCAGAUGAGGAUGAACGUCCAGAGCACUCGUUCUACAAGGUGGGUGUUCAAGUGGAUGAAGUGAUCGGCCGGAUGGCCUCCGAGUUCUUCUACUACGCUCCCAUGCGCUCUCAACGGCCGUGCCGGUGAGACCAAGUCAAUUCUCAACGUCCUGCGCGCGACCAAGCGCAACGUGCCCCGCGCGCGAGCAGAGUUUCCAUACAGAUUGCAAUUAGUUCUGUUUGAAUAUGCUUUUCGGUGGUGGCUCCUAAGUAAGUGGGGAGGUAAAUUUGUUUCUUAAAGGACCUCUAUGGUCUCGAUCCCAAGAGCUUUUCCUGGCAUGUUGUUUUUUUCGUUCUUUGUUUGAUC